AGAAUUACGAUGUUUCCGAGGAGCAUGUGAAGGCAGCGGUGUGAGUUAGCUUCGAGCUAACUUCGCGAUGGACAAUGUGCCCGGUUUCUGCUCCUCAGACACCUUUGAAGAAAACGGAGAGGAAUCCUGCGGUGGCUCCUCAGUGGAAGACGGAUUUGUAGACGCUUUCGGUGACCUGGCUGCCCUCCCGGUCGAGGUCGGUGAGAGAAGACCGACGUGUUUGCGGUGCCGUCGCCCUCAGAAGGUGUGUCUCUGUCCUUUUCUUCCACCUCAUCCCCUGGAGGUCUCCACCUGUCUGUACGUGGUGCAGCAUCCUGCAGAGGAGAGCAGGGUUCUUCGCACGGUGCCUCUACUCGCCGCUUGUUUGCCGACAGGAAAAUGCAAAGUCAUAGUCGGACGAAGGUUUAAUGAAGAAAAGAACCCGGAGCUCGCUGCCGUCUGUCGAGACAGCAGAACGCUGAUCCUGUAUCCCGGCCCCAAAUCCCAGAACCUGGAGGAGAUCGUGCAAAACCAGGAAGAUGGAAGUGUGAAGCAUAAUGUGAUCAUCAUAGACGGCACGUGGAGCCAGGCCAAAAACAUGUUCCUCAAAAACAGCCUCUUCCACCUGCCCAAACAGGUCCAACUCAACCGGACCCUCUCCAGUCAGUACGUCAUCCGCACACAACCCUCCAACAUCUGUCUGUCCACGCUGGAGUGUGCUGCGGUCGCCCUGUCCAUCCUCGAGCGGAACGACGACAUCCAGGAGGUUCUGUUGAGGCCGCUGAAAGCUCUGUGCUCCUUCCAGCUGGAGCACGGCGCUCAGGUCCACCACAGCAAAGAGCACCUGCUGAAGAACGGCAUGUACGACAAACCCAUGCCCAAGAACAAACGCAAGAUAAAGAGGAUGGAGAAACUCGUCACUGAUCACGCCGUCUGUCCGAGAUGAGGCCGAGGCGGCGCAGAGAAACUGGCCUCCGCUCUACAUCCGUGUACACGUCGUCUUCUCCGCUGCACGGGGACUGAAUCAUCGGGCAGCGUGACGCAGCGUCAAGCCGCUGGCACGGAAACCACUGGAUUUUUUUUGUUUGUUUGUUUCAAGAUUUUUUCUAUAUGCUGGUUAAUUUAAGUUACUUGUAAAUGAAAGUUUUAGUUUGAGUUUCAUGGUGGGACUAUAAACCCAGAUUCUGGCCCCACGCUGUUUUAAAAACAUUGUUUGCUUUUCAAACAACGCGGCGGUUCUGAUGUGGGUCACGUCCUGUGGCUCCAGACGAUCACAUCUGGAAGGGCGGAGUCCACUGAUGUCUUUACAAAAAUGUGUGAAGAGAUGUGUCACAAUAAAAU